UCGGGUGAAGCUUUCCUGAAUCAUGUGACGGGGUACUUAUAAGUCCCGUCACAUGUUGUCAGUUAUUAUUUCUUUUUUUUUAACAUAAAAAAAAGCAUAUUUGGUACUGUCUUUGGUCGAGUUGUGGUGACACGUAGCUAGCUGCGUCGAAAUGGCAGGAGGUGUGAGGAAAAAGUCGUCCCCUGGUCCACGGUCUAUAUUGUGGGCGCCACUUCGUACACUAUGGCAGGAGAAACAUUUGAUCGUAUUCAAGGCAGAGUACACAAUACUGGUCGCCUCUGUUCUGUGGUUCCUGGAGAUCGGAAUAAACAUAUGGGUCAUCCAAAAAGUAGCAUACACAGAGAUCGACUGGCAGGCGUAUAUGGAUGAGGUAGAGGGAGUCAUCAACGGCACCUACGACUACACCCAGCUCAAAGGAGGCACAGGCCCGCUGGUAUACCCAGCAGGAUUUGUGUACACCUUCACAGUGCUGUAUUACAUCACCAACCACGGGGUGAAUAUUCGCCUGGCCCAGUACCUGUUUGCUAUUUUCUACCUGCUCACCCUGCUGCUCGUCUUCAGGAUCUACCACCGCACCCAGAAGGUUCCUCCCUACGUAUUCUUCUUUGUGUGCUGUGCCUCCUACCGGAUCCACUCCAUCUUCGUCCUGCGUCUUUUCAACGACCCUGUAGCCAUGAUGAUGUUGUUUGGGGCUGUCAAUCUGUUCCUGGAUGGCCGCUGGGCUCUGGGCUGUGGCCUCUACAGUUUAGCAGUGUCUGUGAAGAUGAACGUGCUCUUGUUUGCCCCGGGCCUCCUCUUCCUCCUGCUGUCUGAGUUUGGCCUGAUGAGGGCCAUACCCAAGCUCUCUCUCUGUGCUGCCAUCCAGAUAUUGUUGGGCCUACCCUUCCUGAUGGAGAAUCCCAUUGGCUAUAUGACCCGGGCCUUUGACUUGGGUCGUCAGUUUAUGUUCAAGUGGACAGUGAACUGGCGCUUCCUGCCUGAGUGGCUUUUCCUAAGUCGCUACUUCCAUCUGGUGCUCCUGGCUGCCCACCUGAUAGCCCUGCUACUGUUUACCCUGCGCCACUGGAAGAGGCCUGGAGAGAGCAUCGUGGAUCUGCUGAAGGAGCCAGGCAAGCGAGUCAUCCCUGCCCAGAAACUCACCUCGGAUCAGAUAGUGCUGAUCCUCUUCACGUCUAACUUCAUCGGCAUGUGCUUCAGCCGCUCGCUGCACUACCAGUUCUACGUCUGGUACUUCCACACCCUACCUUUCCUUCUCUGGAGCGGAGGAGUCAAGAAGCUGGCUCACCUACUCAGGGUUUUGAUCCUCGGCCUGGUGGAGCUGUCGUGGAACACCUACCCUUCUACUAUACACAGUUCAGCAGCCCUCCAUGUCUGCCAUCUCAUCAUGCUGCUCUCCCUGUGGUUCGCCCCCCGGGUAGAGGAGAAGACCAAGAGCAAGUGAGCUUUUCCCCUAGGAGACCCUCCUGUCGUAGGGGUCUGGUCGACCAUCUCUACCCUGCUCUCACCCCAGGCUGGUUCUCACCCUUCACCACGUCUUGCCCAUCCAUCUCGCUGUAGCUCUGUGCUAAUGUAUAGCGCAACGUACAGGUGGGAGAAGGUACAGCUUGAGACUGCAUGUGGAAGGUUCGUGGGGUGGGAGGAGGCCCGAAAACAAUUAGGAUUCUCAGGUUAAAGAAUUAAAUCUAAUUUAGGUUGGGGUCUCGUUGUGAGGAGAAAUGCUGAAUGCUUUGCUGUAUUGUCGAGAAGACAUCUUAAGUAAGGAUCUCUUACUUUCAGUAUGUAUUUUUUAUGCCUUUAGCCCAUGAUUUGUCCUGUUUGUCCUGUUAAGUAUUAUCACUGGUCUUGGUGAUAGUAGAGAACAGUCAAACUGUUAGUACAGUAGUUCCUCAUCCUGGCAAUCAGCUGGUCUGAACUUCUGUUACUGGACUAUUUGUUGAUGUAAACAUGCUGGUUUGCUGUAGCUCAGUUGGUAGAGCAUAGUGCUUGCAAUGCCAAGAUAGUGGGUUUGAUUCCAGGGACCACCCAUGUGUAAAACAUUUUUUUUUUUUUUAUGUAUGCAUGACUCAGUUCUUUUGGAUGAAAGCAUCUGCUAAAUGGCAUAUUAUAUUGAAGAUGGUUUCUAUGUUUUUUUUUUUAAAUGAAGCUUUAUAUUGAACUGCAAUAAGCUUUUGAUACCACCCAUUGGGCACAAUAGGAAUGACGUAGCCUAGCUACCACAAGGCUUACUAUAGGCUAAUACAUAAUAAAUGGCAUUUCAUAUAACAAUAUGACCAUGCAAAACUAAGCUGUUGACAAUCAAGGUUCUGUCGAUUUGUUAAAACAAAAUUCUAAUUUUUGGUUUUCAAUGUGGUGUGCAGUAGACUAAAUAGAAGGCCAGUUUCCUGCACCUAGAUUACGCCUACCCCUUGUCAACACGCACUGAUGUUAUUUUAGUCUAAGAAUACAGGUAGUUCAGCGAGCUAAUGUUGAUAUUUUGGUGAACUGUGCCUUUUAAUAUGAAUACCGAACUGUACCUUUUAAUAUGAAUACCGAACUGUACCUUUUAAUAUGAAUACCGAACUGUACCUUUUAAUAUGAAUACCGAACUGUACCUUUUAAUAUGAAUACCGAACUGUGCCUUUUAAUAUGAAUACCGAACUGUACCUUUUAAGUAUGAACUCUUUUAAUGUGCUGCCAUAGAUUAUGUGUAGCGGAGUUUAUUGUUCAUAUUUGUUUGCUGAUAUACAGUUGGAGUCAGUAUACAUACACUUAGGUUGGAGUCAUUAACUCGUUUUUCAACCACUCCACAAAUGUCUUUUAACAAACUCAGGACAUCUACUUUGUGCAUGACACAAGUAAUUUUUCCAACAAUUGUUUACAGACAG